GGGCGGGAGGUCGUUGAUUCCCGCCGCAGCCAUGUCUCGGCAAAGCACUCUGCUCCGCUUCUUCCCCAAGGCCCAGGCGCCAGGCGUCGGUCCGACCCAGGCCCCUUCCCCUGCGGCCGCACCGAGGCGGAGGGGCUGGGCCUCCAGCGAGGCAGCCGGGGAUGAGGCAGCCCUGGCUCCCGGCGGCGGCGCGGAGGAGAUGGGACGAUCCGGCGGAGUCGAGGCCCAGGGGGCGAGGAAGGAGAGAACCAAGGCCGCCCGGGCCCCCAGCGUCUCCUGUGAUUAUUCACCUGGUGAUUUGGUUUGGGCCAAGAUGGAAGGGUACCCCUGGUGGCCAUGUCUUGUAUACAAUCACCCAACUGAAGGAACACUAGUCAGAGCGAAAGGAAAAUCCUCUCGUGUACAUGUACAAUUUUUUGAUGACCCCCCAACAAGGGGCUGGGUUAGCAUUAAAUACUUAAAGCCAUAUAAAGGCUCAGCGGUUAGGGAAACACAGAGGGGAGGUAUGUUUUAUAGUUCAAAGCCUGAAAUUAAAAGAGCAAUGGAAAUGGCAGAUGAUGCUAUGCGCAAAGAUAAAACUAAGCGGCUUGAGCUUGCAGUGUGCAAUGAACCUUCAGAUACUGAAGAUGAGGAAGAGAUGGAGUACAUCAGAAGCAGGAAGCUUGCCGAACAGUCCGGCCACUGGCUGAUCAAGGUUAGUGAAAGUGCUUCAGGCAACAGUGAAGAUUAUGAUAGUGAGGAGGAGGAGAAAAAAAAAAAGCUGCUGGCAAGCAGGUGGAGAAGUAGUGGGAAAGCCAAAAAACGAAGAGUGGUGGACUCUGACAGUGACAGUGAAGGUUCAGAUGAAGAGUUUAAGCCAGAUGCCAAAGAUGAAGCAAGCAGUGAUGAAGCAAGCAGUGGAAUGGGCGAAGGUGAAUCUGCCAGUUCCGAGACAGACACAAAGAUGGAUGUAGAUAGUCCUGUGAAAGUCCCUUCUAAACGAAAGAGAGAAACUGACCGCAAACCUGCUAAAAGGAAUAGCUUGGAAAAUGACCUUUCUGAAACACCCAAAAGAGCAGUACCUGUUUCAUUAGAAACCAAAUCAAGGCUGACCUCUUUUGCAGCGCCUGAAAACUUUGAGUCUCAGCCAAAUGUUAGCAGUUCUUCUAUAUGGGAACAUGAUAAACUUGAAUGGCUUCAGGAAGGGAAAAAGAGAGAUGGAUGUAGAAGACGACAAAGUGAUCCUCAUUAUGACCCAUGUACCCUCCAUGUGCCAGAGGACUACCUUAACAAGUGUACCCCAGGAAUGCGGAAAUGGUGGCAGCUAAAGUCUCAGAACUUUGAUGCUGUAAUCUUCUACAAAGUUGGGAAGUUCUAUGAGUUGUAUCAUAUGGAUGCAGUCACUGGCGUAAAUGAACUGGGACUGGUAUUUAUGAAAGGUAUUUGGGCUCAUUCAGGUUUUCCAGAAAUUGCAUUUGGCAGAUUCUCUGAUGUUCUGGUACAGAAGGGUUACAAAGUAGUUCGGGUUGAGCAGACAGAGACUCCUGAGAUGAUGGAGGCACGCUGCAGAUCCCUGUCCCACCCAACAAAGUUUGAUAGGGUUGUACGCAGAGAAAUAUGCAGGAUAAUUACCAAAGGGACACAGACCUACAGUGUUCUGGAUGGAGACCCUUCUGAAAACCUUAAUAAAUACCUUCUCAGUGUAAAAGAAAAAGUUGAAGACUCUUCUGGCCACCACCGUGCAUAUGGUGUCUGUUUUGUUGACACAUCAGUAGGAAAAUUUAAUGUGGGCCAGUUCUCAGAUGACCGCCACUGCUCGAGGUUUAGAACUUUGGUGGCACACUACACUCCUGUGCAGAUCCUGUUUGAGAAGGGAAAUCUGUCUACAGACACACACAAGAUAUUAAAAGGCUCACUCUCUUCUUCCAUGCAAGAAGGCUUGAUCUCUGGCUCCCAGUUCUGGAAUGCAUCUAAAACAUUGAAAACUCUAAUUGAAGAAGGAUACUUUGAGGAUAGGCAGAAUGUUGAUAAUAGGUUUAUUCUGCCUCCUGUGAUCAAAUCCAUGACCUCAGAAAGUGACUCUCUGGGUCUUACUCCUGGUGAAAACUGUGAGUUAGCUUUGUCAGCUCUUGGUGGAUGUAUCUUCUACCUCAAGAAAUGCCUUAUUGACCAGGAGCUCUUAUCUCUGGCAAACUUUGAAGAGUAUGUUCCUGUGGACGCUGAUGUUGCAAAAGCUAAAGGAUCAAGUAGUUUCUUCGCUAAAACUAAUCAGCGAAUGGUGCUGGAUGGGGUGACGCUAGCGAACUUGGAAAUCCUGCAGAAUGGAACUACUGGCACCACAGAAGGCACGUUAUUGGAAAGGAUUGAUGUUUGUUGUACCCCUUUUGGAAAGCGACUCCUGAAACAGUGGAUAUGUGCGCCCCUCUGUAACCCCCAUUCUAUCAAUGAUCGUUUGGACGCAGUUGAAGAUCUUCUGGCAGUUCCUGAUAAAAUGUUUGAAGUUAGUGAACUUCUGAAGAAACUUCCAGACCUUGAAAGGCUCCUAAGCAAAAUUCACAGUAUUGGAUCACCACUUAAAAGUGAAACUCAUCCAGACAACAGGGCUAUCUUUUAUGAAGAAACCAGAUACAGCAAAAAAAAAAUCACUGACUUCUUGUCUGCACUGGAAGGAUUUAAAAUAAUGCUUGAGACCAUAGCGAUUAUGGAAGAAAUUGCUGCUGAUUUCAAAUCUAAAAUACUUAAACAGUUAGUCACCCUGAAGUCUAAAAAUCCAGAGGGCUGUUUCCCAGACUUGAGUACAGAACUUAAAAGAUGGGAUACUGCUUUUGACCAUAAUGAGGCUCGAAAGACUGGAGUCAUUACUCCGAAGGCUGGGUUUGACCCCGAUUAUGAUAAAGCACUAAAGGAUAUUAUAGACAUUGAAGAGAAUCUUCGGGAGUAUUUGGAUAAACAACGCAAACGGCUUGGAUUCAAAGCCAUGCUGUACUGGGGAGCAGGCAAAAAUCGCUAUCAAAUGGAAAUCCCAGAAAAUGCAAUAUCUCACAAUUUGCCUGAGGAAUAUGAACUGAAGUCCACCAGAAAGGGUUAUAAACGUUACUGGACCAAGGAGAUAGAGAAGAUGCUGGCAGAGAUGGUCAAUGCCGAAGAACGGAGAGAUGCAGCGCUGAAAGACUGUAUGAGGAGACUGUUCCACAAUUUUGAUAAAAAUAGCAAAGACUGGCAAACAGCAGUGGAAUGCUUUGCUGUAUUAGAUGUCUUGAUGUGCCUCACUAACUAUAGUCAAGGUGGUGAUGGACCAUUCUGCCGACCUGUAAUUCUACUGCCAGAACAGAAUACGCCACCCUUCUUGGAGCUUAAAGGUUCACGCCAUCCAUGCAUUACAAAAACAUUUUUGGGGGAUGAUUUUAUUCCUAAUGAUAUUGUGAUAGGUUCCAAGAAUGAAGAUGAAGACGACAAUAGUGAAGCCUACUGUGUUUUAGUAACUGGCCCAAACAUGGGUGGCAAAUCUACACUAAUGAGACAGGCUGGCCUUUUGGCAGUAAUGGCUCAGUUGGGAUGCUAUGUACCUGCUGAAGCUUGCAGGCUUACUCCUAUUGACAGAGUAUUUACAAGACUAGGUGCCUCAGACAAAAUUAUGUCAGGGGAGAGUACGUUUUUUGUUGAGCUGAGUGAGACUUCCAGCAUACUCCGGCAUGCAACAGAGCAUUCCCUUGUGCUUGUGGAUGAACUAGGUAGAGGCACAGCUACUUUUGAUGGUACAGCUAUAGCAGGUGCAGUUGUUAAAGAACUUGCAGAAAAUAUAAAGUGUCGCACACUUUUUUCCACACACUAUUAUUCAUUAGUAGAAGACUAUUCACACAGUGCUGCUGUGCGACUGGGCCAUAUGGCAUGUAUGGUUGAAAAUGAGAGUGAAGAUCCAAGCCAGGAAACUAUUACAUUCCUCUAUAAAUUCAUUAGAGGAGCUUGUCCUAAAAGCUAUGGUUUCAAUGCAGCAAGGCUUGCUAAUAUUCCAGAGGAAGUUAUUCAGAAAGGUCACAGAAAAGCACGGGACUUUGAGAAAAUUACAGUUUCACUGAGACUGUUCAGGCACCUUUGCCUGGUGGCAGAGAAUGCAGCAGGAGAUAAAGCUGUUCCUAAACUGAUGACUGUAAUCAAUAAUCUGUAAGAUACAGUAACAAGUGUCAGAGUGGUGGUUUUCUCACAAAGAUGAUAUGCAGACAACAUUUUGAUCUAAUAAACUUUAUUUUUUAAAAAUGACCAUUUUUUCCAUUUUCUUUCCUAGGAAAUUAAACCCUUUUAAUUCUUACCUACCCUCUACAUAAUGGUUAUUGAAUACUCCACAAUAUAUUAAGUCUAGAUGUUAUGGUACAUGCAUACACUUUCAGGCUGUUGAUUACCCACUGUCACCAAUACACAUAAAUGGAAAAAGCUAUGAAACUGUAAUGAGCUGUAUAUAUACUUGUCUCAGCUUCAUUAUAGCAGGAAAUUGCUGUGAUUUCCUGUUGAUAUAGGUAAUGUCCAGACUGUUCAAAAAAAAA